UGGGUCCCUCGCGGCGGGCGUCGGGGCUGAGCCGCGCACUCGGAUCCGAGGCUUCGCGGUCAACGGCUUGUUUGCGGGCCCCGCCGCAGCCGACCCGGCUCUUCGGGUGGAGAGACGAUGGUGGGCCGGAACAGCGCCAUCGCCGCCGGCGUGUGCGGGGCCCUUUUCAUCGGUUACUGCAUUUAUUUCGACCGCAAGAGACGGAGUGACCCCAACUUCAAGAACAGGCUGCGAGAACGAAGAAAGAAACAAAAGCUUGCCAAGGAGAGAGCUGGGCUUUCCAAGUUACCUGACCUUAAAGAUGCUGAAGCCGUUCAGAAAUUCUUUCUAGAAGAAAUACAGCUUGGUGAAGAAUUACUAGCUCAAGGUGAAUAUGAGAAGGGUGUGGACCAUCUGACAAAUGCAAUUGCUGUGUGUGGACAGCCACAGCAGUUACUGCAAGUGUUGCAACAAACUCUUCCACCACCAGUGUUCCAGAUGCUUCUGACUAAGCUCCCAACAAUUAGUCAGAGAAUUGUAAGUGCUCAGAGCUUGGCUGAAGAUGAUGUGGAAUAAGAAACAAAUAUCAACAUAAUGAUAUCAAUUAAAACAUAUUUUUAAAAUCUUAACUCGGAAGAUGAUCGGCUCUGGGGGAGUAAGGGCAGAUGAGCUUGUUAUGGACUGUCCUCCACAGUGAAGUCUACCAAAGUUAAUUUUUACUUUGUGUAGAUCCAUUUGUCUGUUUUAUUUAUUUUUCCCAGUGAAAAGUGUAUUUUGAUAGAGAGCUUUUCAUUUUAUAAAUACACUAUGAAUUACUGAAACAUGCAUUUUGUUUAUUCCUAAAAUGUGUAAUUAGAAUGUACAUAUAACAUCCCAUUACUUACAUUAAAAAUACCCAGUGCUCAGUUUUGAAAGAUAGGCCCAAAAAAGUGUAGAAGAAAACUGAAGAAUAUACUUGUUUUGCUCUUCAUCAGAAAGUUGGCUGGAAACUUGUGUUGAUCAAAACUGAGCAUUAAAAUAAGAGAUUAUUUCUUUCCAUUUAAUCUCUUAAA